AUGUCUUCUGUUUCUUCUGUUGAGAAACCGAAUGAGUCACAUGAUGAUAUAAACGCUCCUGUCAGCGACGAUGGUGCAUUACAGCAACAGCAACAGCAAGCUGACGACAUUGUUCCAGCUGCUCCAAAAACUACAUACCUAUUUGCUGCCUUCACCUGUAUUUUGAUUGCCUUUGGUGGUUUUGUCUUUGGUUGGGAUACCGGUACUAUUUCUGGUUUUGUCAACAUGCCUGAUUUCGUUAAUAGGUAUGGUCAAAUCAGCUCUGAAGGUCAAAAAUAUCUAUCCAAGUCAAGAACUGGUUUAAUGCUUUCUAUCUUCAACAUUGGUUGUGCCAUCGGUGGUGUUACCCUAGGUAAAACCGGUGACAUGUAUGGUAGAAAGAAAGGUUUAAUGAUGACCAUGAUUGUUUAUAUUGUUGGUAUUAUUAUUCAGAUUGCAGCUGUUAAAUCUUGGGUCCAAUAUUUUAUUGGUAGAAUCAUUGCCGGUAUUGCUGUUGGUUCUAUUGGUGUCCUUGCUCCAAUGUUUAUUUCUGAAACUUCCCCAAAGGCUAUUAGAGGUACCUUAGUUUCUUGUUAUCAAUUGAUGAUUACCGGUGGUAUCUUUUUAGGCUACUGUACCACCUACGGUACCUACCAUCACUAUGGUGACUCAAGACAAUGGAGAAUCCCACUAGGUCUGUCUUUUGCUUGGGCAUUAUUCAUGAUUUUCGGUAUGACCUUUACUCCAGAGUCUCCUAGAUAUUUAGUCGAGAAUGAUAGAAUUGAGGAGGCAAAAGAAUCUCUUGCUAAGGCUAACAAACAAGAUGUCAAUUCCGAAUUUGUUAUUCAUGAAGUUAAUAUUUUGGCUGAUGCUAUUGAAUUUGAAAAAUCUGCAGGUAAUGCAACAUGGGGCGAAUUGUUCACAGGUAAACCAAAGAUUUUCUACAGACUAUUAGUCGGUAUUGUUUUACAGACCUUACAACAAUUGACUGGUAUUAACUAUUUCUUCUAUUAUGGUACUACUAUUUUCAAAGCAGUUGGUUUGGAUGACUCUUUUGAAACCUCCAUUGUUUUUGGUGUGAUCAACUUUGCUUCUACUUUCCUUGCAUUAUGGGUUGUUGAUAGAUUUGGUAGAAGAAUGACAUUGAUGGCUGGUUCUACUGGUAUGCUUGUUACCUUGGUUAUUUUUGCAUCUAUUGGUGUCAAGGACUUGUAUGUACAUGGUUACGGUUCUGAAGCAAGAAAACCAGUUGGUAAUGCCAUGAUUUUCUUGGUUUGUUUGUUCAUCUUCUUCUUUGCGCAAACAUGGGGUGCCUGCGUCUAUGUCGUUGUCUCUGAGACUUAUCCAUUGAGAAUUAGAGCCAAGGGUAUGGCCAUUGCAAACUGUGCUAACUGGAUCUGGGGUUUCUUAAUUGGUUUCUUCACUCCGUUUAUUACAGGUGCAAUCCAUUUUGCUUACGGUUAUGUUUUCUUUGGUUGUGUUGUAUUCUCCUUGGUCUUUGUCUUUGCGUUUGUUCCUGAAACCAAGGGUCUUUCACUAGAAGAUGUUGAUGAACUAUAUAGAAACUACACUCCAGGUUUAGCAUUCAUGAAAAAAUUCUCCAAUGCCGCUGCUGAAAAGGCUGCACUUGAACAGGAAGCUGAAGCUGAAUUAGCAAAUUCAAAGAACGCUUGA